GUGACAGUGAGCUCGGACAAACUCGAAAUGAGGUUCAUCCAUUCAAUUUUUCUUUUGUUUGUCGGAUCCGAGGCCCUGCGCCCACUGGUUGUGUGGCACGGAAUCAAUGAUGAUUGUGCAGGUUUCACCUCGUCGCUUAUCGCGAAAAUAAAAACGAGAGCACCGGACCUGUACGUACACUGCAUUCAGAUUGGUGAUACACCGAAGAUCGACUAUCGCAAUAGUCUUUUCAUGCUUGGCCAGAAACAGCUGGAGAUAGCUUGUGCCAGAGUGAAUGCAGAUGAGAAUUUGAAAAACGGUUUCAAUGCAUUCGGAAUAUCUCAGGGCGGCUUGUUCUUGCGGGCUCUAAUACAAACAUGUCCUCCGUCUGAAGUCCACAACUUCGUCACAUUCUCGGCUCCACAUCAGGGCAUUUUCGGGAUUCCGAAUUGCUUCAAGUCGGUGCCCGCUUUCCUUUGCCGUUUCAUAAGCAAGUCGCUGACUCACGCGGCUUACACGCCGCAAGUUCAGAAACUAUUCACUCCCAUCCAAUACUGGCACGAUCCCCUUCGGGAAGAAGCGUAUCGCCAGAAAUCUCAGUUCGCCGCAAUCUAUAACAACGAGAGAAACUUCAACGCAACCUUCAAGCAAAACUUGCUCAAAGUGAAGAACUUCGUCCUAGCGCGGAACACAGAGGACGAGGUAAUCGUUCCGCGCGAAAGUUCACAUUUCGCAUACUACCGCGAGGGACAAGGUCGUGAGAUUGUGAACUUCACUUCAACUCGCGUGUUCAAGGAAGAUCUCAUAGGACUCAAGGAACUCUACGAUUCGGGUCGAUUGACCUUCUUAGAGGUGCCGGGGAGGCACAUGCAGUCUCCUUAUGGAUGGUUGGAAGGAAUAACAUCAGACUAUUUCGUGAACUAGGAAUAUCUGUAAUCUUUAAGCGAUCAGAACGAGCAUCGAGGCCUGAAUGUCGAUCAAUCUCAGUGUU